UUCUUAGCUUCCUUUCCACUCACAUCUUCUGCUCACUCCCUCCACCGCCAAAAGAAGCUCAGAAUGAGAAUGAGCUUAAACUCCACCACUAACCAAAGAAUAUUACCAACCCAAUUGUUUUACAUGUAGUGUGAGAAACCACAACAGAAAACGCCCCCAAUUUUCUGGCCAUUGAACCCGAAGAAUGAGUGCUGAAGUUAUUUGGAGUUAAUUCUUCCAAGACCCCUGUUCAGAAGGAGCUGUUCUGGAGAUUUCCAAGGUUGUUAAAUCUAUAUUAAUAAAUAAUAUAGCUUUUUCUGGAGAAUUAACAGAAGACAAAAGCAGAGGUGUUGAUUUCAAGAGAAACCAACACAUUCAUUGUUGUUAUGGCUGUGAAUGUCUUGACGUCGUGUAGUUUGAGUGUAAUUCGUGGCUGCAGAAAGAAUGAGCCAUUGUAUUUCAGAUCAUUCCUAGGCAAUGGACAUAGAAUACUGGUUCACCUCACUGGAAAGGGAAAUCAAAGCCAUUAUUUUUAUGAAAAGAAAACGUUGUGUCCUAAGUUUACUGUAUAUGCUGUCACCAAGGGUUCAGCAGAAUCUAGCAAAUCCGAAGAAACAGUUCCCUCUUGGGCAAAACCAGAUUCAGAAGAGCCCCCUCCUUGGGCUCAGGGUGAAGGGCAAAAAGCUGUAUCAGAAAAUGGAUUUGAGGCUCCUUUCUUUGUUUAUUUACUUGCCUCAGCUGUCACUGCAAUUGCAGCAAUAGGAUCUGUUUUCGAGUAUGUAAACCAAAAGCCGGUCUUUGGAAUAGUGAACCCGGACAGCAUUUUCUAUGCUCCACUGCUUGGAUUCUUUGCAUUUACUGGCAUUCCCACUUCUGCCUAUUUGUGGUUCAAAUCCGUUCAAGUGGCUAACAAGGAAGCUGAGGAGCAAGACAAGAGAGAUGGCUACCUGUAGGACCAUCAAACUUAUGUCUUUAUCGAAUUAGUACUUCUGACCUAUGCAAUGGUCUUUGGUACUUUAAUAUUUUCAUUCUUUAAGAAAUACUGGAUAUAAUUAGGAAAGCGGAUAACUAGAUUUCCUAUUCUGCCAUUUCAAAAUGUUUCUUUUUUGGGUUCUCACCUCAGAGAAUCAGGAUCCCUAUAGCAUAAAACAGUGCAUCAGUACAUUUUGUAUAUUUUGAGUAUUUGAUGCCAAUUUGAUAAUGUUCUAUAUUUGCUUA